CCGGCUGGAGCCGGGGGCUGGGCGGGGACCGGGAUCGUCGGUGAGGCGGCGGCGGAGGCGGCGGCGGCUCGGCAGGCGGGUUGAAGCUUCAGGGGCCAGGUCGGUCGGGUGGUGGCUGCUUCCAACAGGCAGCGCGUGCCGGGCCAGCGUGCGUGUCCGCCUCUCCCCGCCCCGCUCCCCGUCCCCUUCUCCCCUCACCUACCGCACCCAGCCCCCCUCGUCAGGGGCAGCGGGGCCGCUCCCUCCGUCCUGUCCUCGCUUGCCCACCCUCACCGCCCUUGUUUCUUCUUCCCCUGCCCGGGGCAGCCGCCGCCAUGAUCCUGCUGGAGGUGAACAACCGCAUCAUCGAGGAGACGCUCGCUCUCAAGUUCGAGAACGCGGCCGCCGGAAACAAACCAGAAGCUGUAGAAGUAACAUUUGCAGAUUUUGAUGGUGUCCUUUAUCAUAUUUCAAAUCCUAAUGGAGACAAAACAAAAGUGAUGGUCAGUAUUUCUUUGAAAUUCUACAAGGAACUUCAGGCACAUGGUGCUGAUGAGUUAUUAAAGAGAGUAUACGGGAGUUUCUUGGUAAACCCAGAAUCAGGAUACAAUGUUUCUUUGCUAUAUGACCUUGAAAAUCUGCCUGCAUCCAAGGAUUCUAUUGUGCAUCAGGCUGGCAUGUUGAAGCGAAAUUGCUUUGCCUCUGUCUUUGAGAAAUACUUCCAGUUCCAAGAAGAGGGCAAGGAAGGAGAGAACAGAGCGGUUAUCCAUUACCGGGACGAUGAGACCAUGUAUGUUGAAUCUAAAAAAGACAGAGUCACAGUAGUCUUCAGCACGGUGUUUAAGGAUGACGACGAUGUGGUCAUUGGAAAGGUCUUCAUGCAGGAGUUCAAAGAAGGACGAAGAGCCAGCCACACAGCCCCCCAGGUCCUUUUUAGCCACAGGGAACCUCCUCUAGAGCUGAAAGACACAGAUGCUGCCGUGGGUGACAACAUUGGCUACAUCACCUUCGUGCUCUUUCCUCGCCACACCAAUGCCACUGCUCGAGACAACACCAUCAACCUGAUCCACACGUUCCGGGACUAUCUGCAUUACCACAUUAAGUGCUCUAAGGCCUAUAUUCAUACACGAAUGCGAGCAAAAACAUCUGACUUCCUUAAGGUGCUCAACCGUGCCCGCCCAGAUGCCGAGAAAAAAGAAAUGAAAACAAUCACGGGGAAGACAUUUUCGUCCCGCUAACGCUUGGGAACUGAGGAGGAAGCUCUGUUGAUGGAAGGCUGGACCGCUUGCUACUGGAUAAUCGUAGCCCUUCAUGUUGCACCUCUCCAGGUUCUUAAGGGAUUCUCCGUUUGGGUUCCAUUUUGUACGAGUUUGGCAAAUAACCUGCAGAAACGAGCUGUGCUUGCAAGGACUUCAUAGUUCCCAAGAAUUUAAGAGAAAAAAAUUUCCACUUGAUCAACUUAAUUCCCUUUUAUUUUUCCCUCCCUCACUCCCCUUCCUUUUCCCCUUUUCCAAGCUGUUUGCUUUGCAAUAUGUUACUGGUAAUGAGUUGCAGAUAAUGCAAUCUUAACUUGUUUUCUUCUAAGUAUUUGAGUUCAAAACUCCUGUAUCUAAAGAAAUACGGUUGGGGUCAUUAAUAAAGAAAAUCUUUCUAUCUUACUUGAGGAUUUGCUGGGUUUCUGGAC